AUGAGCAACAGCAACAACGGAGUCGAUUUCAACAAAACCGUCGGACAUGACGCCGGCACGCAACCGGUAGCGUGGAACCGUCGUGACCUGUUGACCUAUGCCGUCAGUAUCGGUGUGGGACCCAAGGACCUCGAUUACACCUACGAGCGCGAAGCGGGUUUUCGUGCUUUCCCCACGUAUCCCGUCGUACUUGGUUUGAAGGGUACUUCUCAGGACACCACUGUGUUUUCGGAGAUGGUCUCUUCGCGAUCUGCGGUGCCUGGCUUCCCCUCGCUCGACCUCAACACCAUCGUCCACGGCGAGCAGAGCAUCGAGAUCCAUGCACCCAUCCCUGUCAUUUCAGGCGAAGGCUGGAAGCUCGAGAAGCGAAUCUGUGCGGUGCAUGAUCGACCCAACGGCUUGAUCAUGGAGACCGAGGUGCGUCUCAUUAGUCCUGUAGGACGAAACCACGCUACCAUGAUCGGUAGCAGCUUCUACCGAGGCGGUUCGCAGGGUACUGGCUUUUCCAAGUCCUUGGUGAAGAAAGUUCCCACUCCCAAAGUCCCCAAUCGCGACCCUGAUUUUGUGCUCUCGGAAAAAACAUCGCUUCAGCAAGCCAUGCUGUACCGGCUAUCGGGAGACUAUAACCCAAUUCACAUUGAUGGCGGUCUCGGCGAAAAAGUGGGUCUGGGUGGAACCAUUCUUCACGGUCUCUGUUCUUUCGGCUUCGCUGCGCGUGCAGUUCUCAAGGCAGUCGACCAGAACGAUGGUGUACCUGCAAACACAACGGGCGCAAAGACCAGGUUCGAGCUGCAAGCGUUUGGCGUGCGAUUCACUUCGCCUGUCCGACCGGGCGACGAGCUGGAAACCAAAGUCUGGCUGCUCGGCCAAGACAGCCAAGGUAGGAAGGAGAUCGCUUUCGAGCAGUUCGUAAAGAACACGGGCAAAAAGAGUCUCGGUGCAGGCUUCGCUAGGGUCGCCCAGGUUGCCAACGAUGACGUGGCUCGCUUUGCCAAGCUCUAA